CUCAUUCACUUGAUUUAGGUGUAGGAUGUGUAUAAAAGGCCUCCUCACUUUGCUUGACCUAUCCAUUGCCUUCCUGACUUUGAGAAAACAAGAGUAACUGAACUUUUGCCAAGAUGUCCUGCCAGCAAAACCAGCAGAAGUGCCAGCUACCUGCCAAGUGCCUCCCCAAGUGUCCACCCAAGCGUCCACCUCAGGCCCUGCAGGCCCCACAGGUGCCACAGGCCUCAGCUCCAUGUCCAGCUCCCUGCCCAGCCCCCUGCCCCCCACCUGCCCCCUCCUGCUGUGUCCCCAGUUGCUGUAUCACUGGCUUCAGAGGCUGCUGCUCUCUAGGGUCUCACGGGUUUCCAGGAGUCUGUCUAGGCCAGCCCCAGCCUUCCAACUGCUGGGAGAGGGAGCCUUCUGGGUGUUCCAGUUUUUGCCAUAGAUUUGGGGGCUGCAGCUGACCUGAAGGUUUUGAGGAGCUAAAGAUCCAUAGCCAAGGAUGAGCCUGGAGUUGACAACUUUCUUUACUCUCACACUAUUCUCCAUUCUCCUCCUGAACUAAGCUGCCUAGAUGUAUACCUAGGAUUCCUCUUUUUGCUGAGAACCUCAGACCACUUAGCCUUAGCUUUGGUUCUAUAUCAAGAAGACCUGAAUGCUACAGAAAACUCUGCUUCUCAAAGCUUUGUCAACAUGCAAAAAUAAAGCCUAUCUUCCCUACA